AAACCGGGACUCGGGAAUCCUGGGAUAGUGGCGGACCUGAAGUUGGCCUGUGUGAAGGCAGAAGGUCCUAGGAAACUGGUACACAGAUUUGGAAGGUGGAGGAACGUCCCGAGACCGGGGCUGCAUAUUCCUUCGGGGAUAGGGGAGGGGCGGAUAACGGCACCUAUUCUGGAGGAUAUAGACUGAGAUGUGAUUCUGCAGUGUUUUUGCUUUCACACGAGGUGAGGGUCACCUUUCACUCCAUUCCUGUAGUUGAAAAAGCCACCGAUCAUUCCAGAGGCCGAGCAGCAUUUACCGCUUCUGACUUGGCUGCCAUGGAGAUCACCGGUACUGAGGAAAUCCAGUAGGAGCAGCAACUGCUAUUUGGUCGGAUGGAACUUAGAGCUCAUGCGCCAAGAGCAGUCGAAACACGCCCCCAGCGUCCAAAAAAUGAAUGAGGAAACGAACAGAUCAAUAAGAAAGCUGUUAGACUUAAAACCAUUUAAGGCAAAGCCGACUCCCAGGGUUGUAGCGCUGGGAGCCAUUACCCCGCCCGUAACUGACAUGGCGCCCUCCCCUUCGGCGUUUCCGGGCGGAGGGUUCUGACCGCCCCCGCGGUGAUUCCAUCACUCAGCUUCCUUCCCGGCCUGCCUUGCGCCCGCGGCCGGGCUGGGCCAGAGCAGCCCAAGAUGGCCGACUUCGAGGAUCGGGUGUCUGAUGAGGAGAAGGUACGCAUAGCUGCUAAAUUCAUCACUCAUGCACCUCCAGGAGAAUUUAAUGAAGUGUUUAAUGAUGUCCGACUACUACUUAAUAAUGACAAUCUUCUCAGGGAAGGGGCAGCACAUGCAUUUGCCCAGUAUAACAUGGAUCAGUUCACACCUGUGAAGAUAGAAGGAUAUGAAGAUCAGGUCUUAAUUACAGAACACGGUGACCUGGGUAAUAGCAGAUUUUUAGAUCCGAGAAACAAAAUUUCCUUUAAAUUUGAUCACUUACGGAAAGAAGCAAGUGACCCCCAUCCAGAGGAAGUAGAUGGAGGCCUGAAGUCUUGGAGAGAAUCCUGUGACAGUGCUUUAAGGGCCUAUGUGAAAGAUCAUUAUUCCAACGGCUUCUGUACUGUUUAUGCUAAAACUAUAGAUGGACAACAGACUAUUAUUGCAUGUAUUGAAAGCCACCAGUUUCAACCUAAAAACUUCUGGAAUGGUCGUUGGAGAUCAGAGUGGAAGUUCACCAUUACACCACCUACAGCUCACGUGGUUGGAGUCCUUAAAAUUCAGGUUCACUAUUAUGAAGAUGGCAAUGUUCAGUUGGUUAGUCAUAAAGAUGUACAGGAUUCAGUAACUGUUUCGAAUGAAGUCCAGACUGCCAAGGAGUUUAUUAAAAUCAUAGAGCAUGCAGAAAAUGAGUAUCAGACAGCAAUUAGUGAAAACUAUCAAACAAUGUCAGACACCACAUUCAAGGCCUUGCGCCGGCAGCUGCCAGUUACUCGCACCAAAAUCGACUGGAACAAGAUACUCAGCUACAAGAUUGGCAAAGAAAUGCAGAAUGCUUAAAGGCUGAAUGUAAGAUUCUUCAGUACAUAGGGGGGAAAAGAAAAAGGAUUCAACAUGUGGUCAUAUGAUAAAUAAGUGGUUUAUAAACAAGAGUGAUAUUUUGCUAGGGCUUUCAAAGUAAACAGGUUUUCUAGCCUCAUGGAAUACUGUUGAACCUAUAACAUUGUUUGAAUUCUUUUAUGUUCUCUACUUUGUAAUAUUCUGUUGUCACUAUAUCUACUUGUAAAAUUUUUUUUUUUUUUUUCCUGCCACACUUAAUGUUGGAGAGAGAGAGCUCUAUCUUGGAGUCAUUUUACUGUUUAAAAAAUUUUCCUAGCCAUGAAGCCCUGUUACAGAUACAGAUGGUAAUAUAUGUUCAGUACUUUUCUACCCCUAUUCUUCAAAGAAGUUCUGGUACUUCAGUGGUUUUUGCUGAUAGACCAACAGCUAAAAAGGCUAUGCUACAAACUAUAGCUAAAUGGAAGACACAUUCAUCCUUCUCCCUUCAGCUGCUUUGAUCACCACUUACGGCAUCUCAUGACUGUAGAUUUCAAAAUUUUGAAUUGGGGCUUUUCACAUCCUUUUGAGGGGGCAGAGGAAGUUUUCUGGAAAUUCCAUUAUACCCAGCUUCUCUGGGAAAAUUGUUUUUAAAUCCAAAGACUUGAACCACAUUCCCUGCACAUGAACGUGUUUUUGUUUCUUUUUUCCCUUCCCUCAUUGUCUCCUUCCCAUCUAGUACCAUUGUAAUUAUAAACAUCUGCAUUUUUAGAAGAGCGUUACCCAUUUAUGUUUUGUUUUGUUUUUUUUAAUAUUCAAGAACUGCUGACAUACUGUGGAUGUAGUAGAGUAUGUAUAAAACUUGAAAAAUGCAGAUGUUGAAGGAAUAAUAAGUAUAUUAUGCUUUAAUACUUUGUGGCAGGAUUGUAGGAUAAGCAAACGAAUCAAACAACUACAUAAAUCACAAAUAAAAACUAAAAAUGAACCAAAGUGAGAAGGAUAACUUCCAGGCAGUAUCUUUCUAUUGUAACCUGUUACUUAAGGGAAUACUAGUGAUUUGUUCUAAAUAGGAUGUAAAACUUGUUUCCAAAUUUCUCUUCUUCAGUCCUGCCUGCCAAGAACUCAAAUGUAACUGUGAUAUAGCAGCCCUUCGCAGGUAUAUUGGCAGGUAUUUGUGUUUGAUCUCAGAAUACACAGGUGACAUAGAUAUGAUAUGACAACUGGUAAUGGUGGAUUCAUUUACAUUGUUUACACUUCUAUGACCAGGCCUUAAAGGAAAGUCAGUUUUUAAAAAACCAAGUAGUGUCUUCCUACCUAUCUCAAAAUAUAUGUCAAAAAAGAAGGAUGUUUGUGCUUCAGCUUUGUUUUUUGCUCAGUAAUACAGUCAAGCAGGAGUGUUUCUAAGUGACCCAUUGAGCUGUGUAAGCAUUUUUGUUUAUUUCAAAUAAAAUAUAUUUGUAUUAUUUGUCAUUCAUACUAUCCAUCCAUACCACACUGUCCUCUGUAUCAGGUAGACCAAUACAAAUAUACCUGUUUUGUUCUAAA